AUGCUGUCACAUCUCCGCUUCCACCGCCGGGGCACCUCCAAUCCCACCUCGCCUGUGCCAGAGAAUGGCCCAACGUGGGACAGCGCUGCGCUGCAGCCAAAGCAGCCGUCUCCCGACGAGGUCCCCGGUCCGGUGUCUGGUAAAGAAUCGCGAUAUUCUCUAGGCACAUCACAUGCGAGCCACGGCAAUGGGGCGACCACCUUUCCCUCACAGCCAAAUGUAGUGUCGCCACCACUACCGUCAUCUCGAGAGGUUCCUCCCACUCUACCGCCCAUCGCGCGGAUAGCUUCGCCACAGCCAAAUGCCCCGAUGCUAUCGCCAGAACAGGAACACAAGCUGCGCGAGGAUAGCAAGGCGUCGCAAAGGCCACCGUACAAUGAGAAAUCGGGCUUCCUAGGUGGAUUGGCUUUGCAGAACUACCAACGAGAACAACAGGAUGCCGCGAGGCCAGGCCCUGGUCGGAAUUCGGUCAGCUAUGGGAGAUCAAAUGCGUCUGCCGUGACAAGCCCGACGGACAGGAAUGCUUCAGUAUCUUUCCUCUCGCCAACAGAACAGUCUAGCAGUGGUACUAGUGGAAAGCGACAACAUGCUGCAAAGUUACAAAGUGACGCAAUGGGGGCCCCUGCCCAAAAUACUGUACCAGAACCAGUACGGGAUCGCAGAAGCAUACCUUUUCUCAAGAAUCCUAUAUCGAAUCUACUUUUAAGGAGGAAGACGAGUCAGAGUGUUCUCCCAGAGCUGUCACUACCGCUACGCCGAACUCGAGAGGAACCAUCAUACCAGCCUAUAAGGGGCACCAGAGUUCAUGAUUUCAGUGCGCCACGUCCUCGGAGAAUCGUCUCGAGCAACGAUGUUGCUUCUCUGGUUGGGGAAAAGCCAGUGGCAGAGGCCCGUCCACCUCCAAUACGGGAAACCGAAUCGCCUCCACAACCUGGGCCUCCGGUUCCUCCCAAGGACAAUCAGGCGCCCUCGGAUCGGACGUCUUCUUCUGUUCAUUCCAGAACCAUGUCUGUCGACGCCAAUGACUUUUCGAGCCAAAGCUCGAGACGGGGCAAGGACAGCGCCAGGAGACAAAGCUCGAUCCCAUCCUCCAUCUCUACUCUCUCACGGAACACGUCUGGAGUGUCCAGCAAGGGGAUCAAGUCCUCUAUUCCUAAACAUAUGAAGAGCACAUCCUCAAGGUUCAGCUUUGACAUGAUUGGAGCUGCAAGUGCAGAGAAAUUGCUCGAGGAGAAGCACCGGCAACGCCAACAAGAGAAACAAGCAGAGUCGCCCACAUCGAAACGGGACUCGCGAUUUGAUGAUUUCGACGAAGACAACUUUGAUUAUGAUGCCAUGGACUACGAUGAUGGACUCGAGGAAGCGAUUCCCGGUGUGAACUGCGACUAUUAUGAGGAAGAAGUGCCCGAGGUGGGACUUGAUCCAGACAACGACCAAGAGAACUUUGCCGGUUUUGUUUUUCAAAGAUCUGGCCCUGCGUCAUCUCUGGCCAGUCCUCUAACCACUGGACUGGUGCCGACACCAAGAGACAUGGACGGGAAUGUGAUCGGCUAUGCAAUGACCAAGGAAUCACCUGGUAUUAGUGGACUCUCCUCGACAGCAUCCAUCGGUGGAGAGACCCUCAGAUCUCCCGAAUCACCCAUGCUCGAAAGCCCAACUGGACUAGGCAUUCAAGGACUCGAUGCGAAGAUUGAGACGCCCGAGGAAGCACCACUCAAACAAGAACCGUCAUCUCAGGAUCCGAUGAUACCGAGACAUCUAGAUAAAGACGAUGAGCUCUACUUUGGAGGACAUGAUUUUGAGGGCGAGGGCGACGGUAAUGCGAUUGAUGAGUCACUCUUUGAUCUUGACGACACGGAUCAAUGGGGUAGGCCAAUCCCAGGCAUGUUUGCCAGCGCAUUAGCCCAAAAGAUGAACCGCCAAGAAGCUGCCAAAUCCGAGUCUGACGAUAUUACUCCCAAAAUAUCAGCGCAGCCUGAUGUAGGUGAGCCUCUGAGCCAGGAUUCUCUAAGUGCAGCUUUGCGUGAGAAACUGGGCGCAUUGGAAACCUACGAAGAAGAGGAUGAAGAGGACGAAGAGGACGAAGAAGAGGAAAAAGAGAAAGAAGAGAAGGAGACAAAACAUGACUGCGACGACAAGAUUGAGCAAGAGAAUAACGAGCUCGAGGGAGAGAAGGCGGAGGAGAUACUGAAAGAACCAUUGCCGCCGAUAUCCGAUUUACCUGAACUAAAUCAGGAUACAAUGCUGGCAACCCAAGCCGCACUGGCGGAGGCCGUCCAAAAAGCUGCCGACUCAGGAAAGUUUCGACGCGCUUCCACAACACCACCUCUGCCUGCCGAGUUGACUGUUACAUCCCCUACGACUAGUGGCUCGGCAGGGUCCAACCAGAAUAUCGACGACGCAUUUGGAGAUUAUGAUUACGAUGAUGAUUAUGGCAACGGCCUGGACGACUACGAACUUGACGAUGAUGCCAUCAUUGCCGAGGCCAAUGCGAGCGCACUGGCAAAUGACGACGAUGGUUGGUACGGCCAAGAAUUCGGCUUCUAUUCAACGCCCCUUUCCCAGACGCAGAGAGGAAGUAAUAUUUUCAACGAAGCUGAGACGUCCUAUGGUGGCUAUUUUGGACCUAGCGGUGUCAUGCGUUCAAAGUCGGGCCGUGUGGUGUCGAGAGAACCAAACUUGACUCCCAUCACUGAACGCUCCGAGUAUUCGAACCGGAAUUCUAUCAUGAGCAUGCCGAUUCCCAGCAGUGGCGGUCGGGAUGGGCCAUUGCAAAGUCCUGGUUUGGCCCAACUGGCAAUGAUGGCAGAUGAUGAUAAUAUGACUCUGUCAAAUUUGCUACGUUUGCGGACAAAGGCAUGGGGAGGCUCACAGGCAUCUCUAGCGAGCUCCCGCGAGGGUUCCCCUAGUGAUCGUAAUGGCGCCACCAGCCCGUUUGGUCAAGAACGGGACCGCCCCCAUAAUGGCCCUGGCUCAGGUCAUGCGCGCAAGAACUCGGCCUUUUCCAUCUGGAGCAUGGAUUCAGGCGCUGGCAGUGGUCAAGGCAGCCCAACACUGACCAUGGCAAUGGUGGGCGCACCGAACAACCCAAUUUCUCCGCCCAGUGUGCCGCCGAAUAUGGGCCUCAACACGACGACGUCGCCCUUACCUGCACCUUUGUAUAGCCCUCCGCCGCUACCACCGGCAGGUCACACUGGUUUCCCGCCAGUCAUUGAAGAUGAAGAGACCGAAUCUGAACUCGCGCCAAGCCCGGUGAUUUACUCGCAGCCUUCUUCCGCCAUGGAGGCAAUGAGUCCUUCUGUUGGCAAGCCCUCGCAAUCCCGACCCGGCAUGGGGCAUCGUCACAAAGGCAGCUCAGAUAGCAUCUCCUAUCACAAGGAAGAAGACAGUGGCGAGACACGCUGGGUCAUGGAACGGCGGCGCACCGCGGAAUCUGGCGAGAUUGAGAUUUUGGGCCGUCAGGUCGUCGAAGGCGGCAGGAUAUAA